AUGCCUCUUCCAUUUAUAUUUUCCUUACCGUUUUUCAUAUCCAUAAUUCAGAGGGCAAAGUUUGUUGGCAAGAGGACAUCUUGUUCUGUUGCAACAGAGCCGCCUCCUGCUGCCACUGAAGAACCAAACAUGGAUGCCCCCAAGGAGAUAUUCUUGAAAGAUUACAAGGCACCUGAUUAUUAUUUUGACACGGUGGAUUUGCAAUUUCAACUUGGUGAAGAAAAGACCAUAGUUACAUCUAAAAUAGCUGUGUCUCCUGGAGUUGAAGCUGGCAUCUCAGCUCCACUAGUUCUUCAUGGGCGUGACCUCAAGCUGUUAUCAAUCAAAGUCGAUGGCACUGAAUUAAAGGGUGAAGAGUAUAAAGUCAAUUCUCGCCAUCUGACACUUUCAACACCACCUACUGGCAUAUUCAACUUGGAAAUUGUUACAGAAAUAUAUCCUCAGCUAAACACAUCAUUGGAGGGGUUGUACAAGUCUACUGGUAACUUCUGCACUCAGUGUGAAGCAGAAGGGUUUCGGAAGAUUACCUUCUUUCAGGAUCGCCCGGAUGUUAUGGCAAAAUAUACUUGCCGUAUUGAAGCUGAUAAAACUUUGUAUCCGGUAUUAUUGUCCAAUGGGAAUAUUAUUGAGCAGGGAGACCUUGAGGGUGGAAAGCAUUAUGCACUGUGGGAGGAUCCCUUCAAGAAACCAAGCUACCUGUUUGCUCUAGUUGCUGGUCAGCUGGGAUGCCGAGAGGAUUCAUUUGUUACAUGCUCCGGCCGCAACGUAACACUAAGAAUUUGGACUCCUGCCCAAGAUUUACCAAAAACAGCACAUGCUAUGUAUUCUCUUAAAGCAGCAAUGAAGUGGGAUGAGGAGGUCUUUGGUCUGGAGUAUGAUCUUGAUUUAUUCAACAUUGUUGUUGUUCCUGAUUUCAAUAUGGGAGCAAUGGAAAACAAAAGCUUGAAUAUAUUUCAAUCUAGACUUGUGUUGGCAUCACCAGAGACUGCCACUGAUGGUGAUUAUGCUGCAAUUUUGGGUGUUGUUGGUCAUGAGUAUUUCCACAACUGGACUGGGAAUAGAGUAACUUGCCGUGAUUGGUUCCAGCUAACCCUGAAAGAAGGACUGACUGUUUUCAGGGAUCAGGAGUUCUCUUCGGAUCUUGGCUGUCGUACGGUAAAACGUAUUGCUGAUGUCUCCAAACUCAGAAUCUAUCAAUUCCCACAGGACGCUGGGCCUAUGGCACAUCCUAUCCGCCCCCAUUCCUAUAUCAAGAUGGACAACUUCUACACUGGUGAGUUUUGUUCUCUAAAAUUGGCUGCAUACACUCUGACAUUCUUUUUUGUUGCUUUCUUUGUUCCUUCAUUCAUCCAACCAUUAUGGGAUUCAUCUCAGGUUUACGAGAAGGGUGCUGAAGUUGUCAGAAUGUACAAGACCAUGUUUGGAGCAUCAGGGUUCCGGAAGGGCAUGGAUCUUUAUUUCCAAAGGCAUGAUGGGCAAGCUGUCACUUGUGAAGACUUCUAUGCAGCCAUGUGUGAUGCAAAUAAUGCACAACUGCCAAACUUUUUACAAUGGUACUCUCAAGCAGGUACGCCUAUAGUCAAGGUGGCAUCUUCAUAUGAUCCUAGUUCUCAGACAUUCUCUUUGAAAUUUAGUCAAGAGGUACCACCCACUCCUGGCCAACCGAUUAAGGAGCCUAUGUUCAUACCUGUUGCUGUUGGACUUGUUGACUCUACUGGAAAAGAUAUGUCCCUCACUUCCGUUUACAGUGAUGGAACUGUCCAAACACUCUCUGCUGAUGGCCAGCCAGUCUUCAAUACUGUGCUUCAGUUUAAAAAGAAGGAAGAAGAGUUUAUAUUUAAAAACAUUCCCGAGAGGCCAGUUCCUUCUUUGUUGAGGGGAUAUAGUGCUCCUGUCCGUCUAGAUUCUGAUCUGAGUGAGAGUGACCUAUUUUUCUUGCUUGCCAAUGACUCAGAUGAAUUUAACAGAUGGGAAGCUGGCCAAGUUUUGGCACGUAAGUUGAUGCUCAGUCUCGUAGUUGACUUCCAGCAACAGAAAACACUGGUCCUAAAUCCAAAAUUUGUUGAUGGGAUUAGAUCAAUUUUGCGCAACACAAGCUUGGAUAAGGAAUUCAUUGCGAAAGCAAUAACUUUGCCUGGUCAAGGGGAGAUUAUGGAUAUGAUGGAAGUUGCAGAUCCUGAUGCAGUUCAUGCUGUCCGUAACUUUAUUAAGAAGGAGCUUGCCUUGCAACUUAAAGAUGAUCUUCUUGCAGCUGUGAAAAGCAACAGGAGUUCUGAGGCUUACACAUUUGACCAUGAUACAUACCUUGCAUCACUGAAUGAGCCAGAUUUCACUGAGCUUGCACUGCAUGAGUACAAGUCUGCGACUAACAUGACAGAGCAGUUUGCUGCAUUAGCAGCAUUAUCCCAAAAUCCAGGCCAAGUUCGUGAUGAUGCCCUCUUGGACUUCUAUAACAAGUGGCAGGAUGACUACUUGGUUGUAAGCAAGUGGUUUGCUCUUCAAGCUACUUCAGAGAUUCCUGGAAAUAUUGCAAAUGUUCAGAAGCUGCUGUCUCACCCUGCUUUUGACAUGAGGAAUCCCAACAAGGUGUACUCGCUAAUCGGGGGAUUCUGUGGAUCACCUGUGAACUUCCAUGCGAAAGAUGGUUCUGGGUACAAGUUUUUGGGUGAAAUCGUUUUGCAGCUUGACAAGAUAAACCCUCAGGUGGCCUCCCGCAUGGUUUCAGCAUUUUCUCGGUGGAGGCGAUACGACGAGACCAGACAAGCUCUUGCCAAGGCCCAGCUGGAGAUGAUCGUGUCAGCCAAUGGACUCUCCGAAAACGUGUACGAGAUUGCUUCAAAAAGCUUGGUGGAUUAG